ACUGUUCUCUGUAAAAAGUGCAUACAGUGGGUCACACCCACAACACAAAACCUCCAAUCCCAUCAUACAUUUCUUCCACAAACUCCAUAAUUUUUAAACAAAAAGUUCCUACAUUCGAGACCCCUACCAAAUGGUCUCAUCGGACAAGAAAUUGGCCAACGUUGUAGGAGGAAAAACGGCAAGAGCUUGUGAUAAUUGUAUAAGAAAGCGUGCUCGGUGGUAUUGUGCUGCCGAUGACGCUUUCUUGUGCCAAUCGUGUGAUGCUUCGGUUCAUUCGGCCAACCCGUUGGCUCGUCGUCACGAAAGGGUUCGUCUAAAGCUGGCUUCUUUGAAGCUUUCUUCUUUGGAGAAACCAGCACCACCGCCAUGGCACCAUGGUUUUACCAAGAAACCAAGAACUCCUCGUGGUGGGAACCUCCACAAGCAGGCGUCUCGACGGACGCCAAAAUCUGAAGAAAGCAGUAUGAGUUUCAAUCCACUUCACUUAGUUCCGGAGAUCGGUAGUGAUGAGACCACCGCCGUGACAUCCGAUGAGCAACUUUUGUAUCAGGUUCCGAUCUUUGACCCCUUUGCCGCGGAACUUUGUCUUUCCGGGAAUUCAAAUGAGGUGGCAACGCCUGUGAAACAAACGGAGGCGACAACUCCGGUGGACGCAGAUCAUCAUAAUGGAUCGAAAGUGACGUUUGAUUUGAAUAGUUUCAAUGGGUUGAUACUUCCCUCUGAUAUGGAGCUGGCGGAGUUCGCCGCUGAUGUAGAGAGUUUACUGGGAAAAGGUCUUGAUGAGGAAUCAUUUGCUAUGGAAGGAUUAGGGUUGUUGGAUUGUAGAGAGAAGGAUUCGGGCGGCGAAAGCUUAGAGAGAGUGAAGGUUGAAGAAGAUCAGAUGCAGUGUGAAACGGUGGAGAAUGAGAUGGAGAUGAUGAGAGAGCCAUUUCAGUUGAGCUUUGAUUACGAUUCACCGUUAUGGGAGGAAAAAGACGAGAAGUUGACGGUGGAAGGUGGUGUCGGGGAUCGUAUGGGUGUGGUGAAAGAGGAUGAAGAUUAUCAUGUGGUUAUCAAUAUAGAACGAUAUGAUGAUGAAAAUAAGAAGCAAAAAAGAAUAUUAAAGCUAGAUUAUGAAGGAAUCAUUGCCGCUUGGGAUGAGCAAAGAUCACCAUGGACAACCGGUGAUCGGCCGGAGUUGGAUCCCGAUGAUUGUUGGCCUGAGUGCCUGGGUGGAUGUGGGAUAAUGCAUCAUCAGCAUCAUCAUCCUUAUGGGGAUAUGGGAAUGAUAACGGGGAAUCCGGCAAUGUUAGAUGGAGGGAGAGAGGCAAGGGUGUCAAGGUAUAGAGAAAAGAGGCGAACAAGGUUGUUUUCGAAAAAAAUAAGAUACGAGGUACGAAAACUGAAUGCAGAGAAGAGGCCUAGAAUGAAAGGAAGAUUUGUGAAAAGGUCCAUUUGGAUGGUGGGAGGGCAAAUCCAUCCUCCUUGAAGCUAUCAGAACAGGUCCAUUUGCAGGUCUAUCUAGAAGAGAUCAAACACCCACCGAAACCAUCAUUAUUUCCGACACCAGUUCGCUGUCGAGAACACAGCAAUCACCAAGGCACCAUUUUUCCACCAUUAACCACCGUACAACAUCUUUAAAUCGACCACUUUAACAACCGAGCUCACAAACAAUAAACCACCACCAGUUCACACCAUCACUAUCUGCCUUACCUUAGCCGGAAAUCACCCCUUACCAUCUUCACUUCCUGAAAACAACUCCUACAUCUUUACGAGUCUGUUGCACCUCCGGUUCACUAUCUCGCCACCUCCGACCACCUACCAUCUUCACCACUAACCACCAAGAACACCGCCCGUAGAGCACCUACCUUUUGCCGAGAACCAUCCAUGCGUCAUCAUCUCCUACAUACUUCCAAUUCACCACCAUUAUUCCACCUUACACAACCCAAUGCCACCAAACAUAAAUCAGAAAAAGAAAAGGAAGAAGAAAAGAAAUUGGUUUAUCUACAUACCUACCAUCUCCACCACUAACCACCGAGAACACCGACCACAACCCCUGCCUUUGCCGAGAACCAUCCAAGCACCACCAUCUCCUACAUAUUUCUGAUCCGCCACCCUUGUUCCAUCUUAAACAACUUGACACCACCGAUCGAACGUGAAGCAGAAAAAGAAAAGAAGGAAGAAGAACAGAACUGUUUCGUAUGUGUUUUGUUUUAUUUGCAAAGGGGGAAAAACACUCACACAAUAAGUAGGGUACUGGUGCUUUUAUGAUGGGAUCCCCAUUCUUUAAUGAUGCGUUUAUUAGAUUGGAGAGUAGGAGGGAAAUGAAAAUUUUGGUUUGUAAGAAAAUCAAAAGUUUGAGGGAAAUGAAAAAUUAGAAUGAAAUUUUAGAGGGAAAGAUUAAACAAAUGGUGCGGU